CAAUAACGCCGGAAAUGUAGAGAUAAUAUUGUCAGGCAAUGAAUCAGAAUUAUUAUCUGCUUUGGAACUGCUUUUAUGUUUCGUGAAGAGAACCGCAGGAAGUGAUGGAAAUAUAACACUCAAAAAUUAUAUUCAACAUUGGGUGAAGCUUUCUGUUCUAACUGAAAAUAAAGCUCUAGAAAAAGUGCUAAAUACUGGCUUGCAACUCAAGCAUGUUGUUGCGCUUUAUGAAAUUGUUGAAGGAAAGGUUGCAGAUAUUAUGAUAGAAAGUAUUACCAUAAAAUAUAAAGCUAGUCUCACAAGAGAAAUAGAAAAAGAGAUAGUAGCAUCUUGCUCUUUUGAUGAAAAGGAUAUCAAACUUAAUGCAAAUCUCAUUACAGCUGAAGCAUUUAUGAAUGCAUUAAAACGAUUUAUGUUUCGUCAGCUAUUAGUAGAAACUAUACGAGAAGAUCACCCGUUAUCAGAAUAUUUGAAUCAAACAGCUCUCUGUUGUUGGCCAGAUAAUAUGGAUGAGGAUUCAAUUUCAGAUAUGUUUCCUAUGUCACUCUUGAUAAAACAUACAUAUGAAGCAUAUCAUUUUGUAAAAAGAAGGAUAGAG